AUGGUGACACUAAUGCCUUGUAGUUAUAUAUCUGCCCCCCGGAUCUCCAUCAUUGAUAAAAUGAUAGAGAUAGAACCAAAGGGAAAACGAUCACGCACUGAAGGACCCGAAACGACGGAACGUUCCCGUAUCUACAGUAACCUCUCGGAGCCACUGGUAGCUGCCGGAACGGUACCGACACUGGAAGGCAUCGGAGGAGGACCAGCGCUGGCUUUGAGCUCCCCGUUCCACUACCCCGUUGGGUCGACGGCUACGAAUCACGGGAACGCCAACGGUGGUGGUAGUGGUGGUCUGGUGGCAAGUUCACAUUCCCUUUAUCACCACUCACCGGUUGGAGGACUCAGUGGAAGCGGGAGUGCGACGGGCAGUGGUUCGUAUCGGGGAAGUUCUGGCGGUUCGGUGGCGUUACACAACGGCCUCAACUUGACGUACGGUCCACCGGGCGCAAGUGCUAGUGCAGGUGGUAACGGGGGACUACUUGCAAGUCCUGGAUCUCUCGGGAGUCGAUUGAACAGCAGUGGCGGAAGUAGUGGAAGUAGCGCGAGCCAUUCAACUAUCACCUCCGGUUUGGGAACUGGAUCCGGUUCGUCUUCGGGUGGGGGAUCGCUAGUGGAUGGGUUGUCCUCCCUCGGCACCGGUGGCCCCACUGCUGGCUUAGGCCAGGUGACGUCCGGAGCCACGACGGCCACGCUGGGCACCAGCGAGCUGGGAAUGUCGCACUGGCUGAGCGACGGUACGGUCAAAUCGGAACUGCGCAGCCCCGGACUUGACGGAAGCCUUGCAGCGACACAAACCACCAACCUGCCCCUCGGUGCCACCGCUGCACACGCCCACCUGGACGGGUCUGGGCUAUUCUGCGCCAACCCAGGCGCCACCGCAGCCGCAGCCGUCGCCACGCUGGACGCGCUACAAAGUUCCACGGUCGCCGCUUCGGCGAACGUGUAUGACCACAAGUCCGACUACUACAAUUACUACAACAGUAUGCAGCAGUACACACCGGCGUUCUACUCGUCGGCGUACGGCGCCACGGCCUAUGGGACGCGGACCACGACGAAGAUACCCUCGCCAAACACGUACCUUACGUCACCGUACGCUGCCGCCGCCGCAGCCGGCAACAACAACUCCGCCCAGCUCUACUCCUCCUACGGCUACUCAUCGUCAUCCUUCGGCCAGUUUGGUGCGGGCCAACAGGACAGCUACAGCUACUACAACGAUCAGUACGGUCCGUACUAUGCCAACACGGCCAGCUACUCACCGUACGUUAGCUCACCCGGAUCGAGCGGCAGUCAGGCGGGUGGAUUCCAUGUGGCGGCCGGUCUUUCCGCGGAGAGUCCCUCGGAGGCGCACGCAACUACACCAAACAUGCUGGCACACUCGCACUCCCCUCAGUCUCCCAUCUCCAUCUCACCGACGGCGAUCGGUGCCGGAGGUCCCGGUGGUGUGGGGAACGUGGGUGCAAGCAAGACGACAACCCCGACAGGGAAGGCAGGACGGGCGCGGGGUCGACGGCAUGCACAUCCAAGUCCGACACGUAGUUCCACCAGCGAACCUGGCAUCAGCGAGAAGGCUCCGGAACGAAUUUUCGUGUGGGACCUCGAUGAGACGAUCAUCAUCUUCCACUCGCUACUGACGGGGUCCUACGCUGGGCGGUACAAUAAGAACCGCGACCAUCAGGUCCAACUGGGCUACCGGAUGGAGGAGCUCAUAUUCAACAUGGCCGAUGCGUACUUUUUCUUCAACGACCUGGAGGAGUGCGACCAGAUACAUAUCGACGACGUAGCCUCGGAUGACAACGGGCAGGAUCUCAGCAAUUACAACUUUGCCGCCGACGGAUUCCACAAUGCCACACCGCAAGCAGGAGCUCCACCUAAUGUUUGUCUAGCUAAUGGUGUGCGUGGCGGCGUCGACUGGAUGCGGAAGCUAGCGUUUCGCUAUAGGAAAAUUAAGGACACGUACAAUACCUAUCGCAAUAAUGUUGGAGGUUUAUUAGGUUCCCAAAAACGAGACCACUGGUUGCAGGUACGCUCGGACAUUGAGCUUGAAACGGACAGCUGGCACAGUUUGACGCUAAAGUGCUUGAACAUGAUCGCCCAGCGGGAAAACUGCGUAAACGUGCUAGUGACCACCACCCAGCUGGUACCAGCCCUGGCCAAGAUACUACUCUACGGUUUGGGUCAAGUGUUUCCGGUCGAGAAUGUCUACAGUGCGAACAAGAUAGGCAAAGAACAAUGCUUCGAGCGGAUCGUCACGAGAUUCGGCCGCAAGAGCACGUACGUCGUCGUCGGCGAUGGUCAGGACGAGGAGAAUGCAGCCAAAAACCUUAACUUUCCCUUUUGGCGGAUAUCGAGUCAUAGCGACAUCCGGUCGCUACACACCGCCCUCGAGAUGGGCUUCUUAUGAAAACUUUACCACCCAUCCCGCGUGGUUCCGGAGCUCAUAAUGGCGGCAAUCCGCGUACGCGUACUUCCAGCACACCAGUUGGCGCAAAGCAUAAAGCAAAAAAACCAAAAAAGACACAACCGACAGCUCAGUUCCUCGAGACGUUCCCGUCCCUCCUGUGGUGGCUGAUAAUGGGGUUGAGGGGUUUCCGGGGAACGGGAAAGACAUCGUGAAGCCAGUAUUUAUAAUUUGUACACAGCACACCAAUUGUUGUAGGUGUACAAUAAUUUUCACCCAGUAUCCCAUCAACUCCGUCACGAAAUCUUUAAAACGAGAACAAAAAACUGAACAAAUAUCAAUAUGCUCAAAACUUUGAAAAUAGAUUCACACACACCCACAAGUAAAUGUAAAGUACAUGGCGGGUAACUUUUGCCAGCAUUUAUCGCAGUUUUAGAGAAGUUGCGGAAAUGGAUGAUAACGUGAAGCGCGUUGUCGGUAAAGCUUCACUUUGUUGUAGAUAAUGGAUCGUUCCAUGAUGACACUAAGCCAAUAUCCCAGUGCAAAUAUUAUUUUCUCUAUGAAACGACUAAUCUUUAAAAUGUGUACAAUUUAAAUGGAAUAAGACAUACUCGAGCAGAAUUGAAAUGGGUGAAACAGUCCAAAUGUGAGUGGAUAGAUUUUAUGCAUGUUAGAUAGAAUCGCGAAGUUGUUAGUAAAAGUAGAGUAUCAAACAGGAAGGCUAACGGUAUCUAAACGAAUGCAUAGAUAUUCAUGUACUGAUACAAUAUAUCAUUCUCAAAUCGUCUGGCUACUAACUUCCUACGACACGCAACAACAUAUAAAACUUUGAUCACUCAUCUGUGUACAUACCUCGUCUGAACGUGUUCUUCUUUCUCCAUUUUCCCCCGGCUACAUGAGAAAAAAGCAGCUGUUGUUUCGCCUGCAACGAAUAGCGAUGGAAGAUAGCCAUCGUUCAUAAUUAGCCGUAGAUUGUUGUAGCUGUGAAAUAUAGAGCAAAUUCAUUACUGAGGCGAACUGAGGCGAAACCGUGCGAAUGUUGGGCCGUCGGAUAAGGGCGUGGAGGGAAGGUUCAAAUGCUGCAUGCGAAUAUAUCUAUGGGAAGUGUAAAUAUUCACAAACGUUUACUCAAAUCAAAAUAAUAAUACACUAGAAUAAAAUUUAAACGCAGGCACCAUCAUCAGCAUUGAAUUGUAAGUGUUGUACAUUCGUUGCCGUUUCCAACGGACGUGUAAAGCACAUGAAAGCUUGAAGGAUGUAUAGUAUAAAAGAAAAUAAAGAGCAAAACAUG